CCUGUUGUUACCUUCCUUAAUUGUAUUAUAAUAGGAAAAGUCCGGUCUGGUCGACUCUUAUCUCCUGUCAAUUCUUCCUACACAUCUAGGUAAUUAUCAACCAUGCCACGCUACGCAGCCAGCGAUGCAGUCGUCUACCCUCGAAUGACGAAAGUGCGGGGAAUAAGACAAUAUCAUGCCAAGUUUCUAUCAACAUUGAAAGUAAAUUAGUUGAUAAAUACCUAGAUAGGCACGUAGGUAGGUAGGUAUGUAUAUGUAAUGGGAGUAAAUCAUAUCAUAGCACAUGUUGGAUAGAUUCGUUAUCUUGUUGCCUCGCUACGAUAUAAUAAGAUGUCGUUGACCAGAUUUCAAGCUGUCUUUGGUCUUUCUUUACUGAUUCCGGUUGUUCAAGCUCAAUUUCCCCCGACGCCCGAAGACGUCACCGUUCUUAAAUCUAGGUUUGGCAACGGAGUCACGAUUAGUUAUAAAGAGCCAGGUAUCUGCGAGACGACGCCGGGUGUCAAAUCCUAUGCUGGCUACGUCCAUCUUCCACCUAACUCACUCGAGGACUUGGGGGAGGACCAAGACUACCCUAUCAAUACCUUCUUCUGGUUCUUCGAAGCUCGGAAUGACCCUGAGAACGCACCGUUGUCUAUAUGGCUGAAUGGCGGUCCGGGAAGUAGCUCAUUGUACGGGCUCUUCACCGAGAACGGUCCUUGCUAUGUCAAUUCUGACUCUAACUCAACUACACUGAGCCAGUGGGCAUGGAAUACAGAUGUCAAUAUGUUAUUUCUCGAUCAGCCGACUCAAGUGGGCUUCUCAUAUGACACAUUACAAAACGUCACCAAGAAUCUUAUCUCUGGACAGACUGUUAAGCUUGAUGAGUCAGACUCCAUCCCUGAGCAAAAUACGACUCUCCUAGUCGGUACAUAUCCAAGUCAGGAUAGAACCCAUACGGCCAGAGGCACUCGCAACGCUGCCAUUGCCUUGUGGCAUUUUGCACAGACUUGGUUUCAAGAAUUCCCUGGUUACCAUCCGAACGAUUCCCGGAUCAGUCUGGCCACUGAGUCGUACGGCGGUAGAUACGGCCCGGCUUUCACUGCCUUUUUCGAAGAGCAGAAUCAGAAGAUCGAGAAUGGCACCUGGAACGGUACAGAGGGAGAGAACUACACCAUCAAUCUUGAUACGCUUAUCCUCAUUAAUUCCUGUAUCGACCGCCAAGUUCAGUGGCCAGCUUACCCGCACAUUGCCUAUAACAACACGUAUGGCCUGGGAACAGUCAACGAAUCUAUCUACCUACAAAUGGUAGAGGCUCUCGAUAAACCCGGUGGAUGCCGUGAUCAAAUCGAUGAUUGUCGCGUUCUAGCACUUGUUUACGACCCCGACAACAUUGGCAUCAACGAUACCGUGAACAAAGUGUGUUCAGAUGCAGAGACAUUCUGCUCCAAUAAUGUCAGGGGCCCAUAUCUCGAGUAUUCGGGUCGCAACUAUUACGAUUACGCGUCUCUCGACCCCAACCCCUUCCCGGCCCCCUUCUUUGGUCUCUAUCUCAACCAACCGCAUGUCCAAAGGGCGAUAGGCGUCCCCAUCAACUACACCCAAUCUUCAGGUGCCGUAGCUUCUGCUUUUAGGGCCAUAGGGGAUUAUCCCCGGCCAGGAUGGAUCGAGGAUCUCACGUUCCUGCUAGAAAACGGAAUAAAAGUUCACCUCAUGUACGGCGACCGAGAUUACGCCUGUAACUGGAUCGGUGGCGAGGCCGUCAGCUUGGCCGUCAACUACACGGGAACUGAAAAGUUCCACGCGGCGGGAUACACAGAUAUCGUCGUGAAUGACACGUACGUUGGUGGACAAGUCCGUCAGUAUGGCAACUUUUCAUUCUCGCGUGUAUACGAGGCCGGGCACGAAGUCCCCGCAUACCAACCCGAAACGGCAUAUAAGAUGUUUCACCGCGCCCUAUUUAAUAAAGAUAUCGCGACUGGUACUGUCGACCUUGUUGAUAACCCUGAAUACGUCACCCAGGGUCCCUCUGACACGUGGGCGAUUAAGAACCAGGACCCUCCCGACUUGUUGCAUUUCUGUUAUGUGUACGACACUUCUACGUGUACCGAGGAGCAGAUCGAGAGUGUGCUCAACGGUACGGCUGUUAUAAUCAGCGGUAUUAUCAAGGAUGGGAACUCGACUCGGUUAUUCCCAGAGAUAUUUAGUGGCAACAGCAGUCCUUCGUCUACUACGGCCCCCGCCUCCGCAACGACUACAAGUAGUGCUGCGACUCAUAUCGCGCGAGAUGGGGUCGAUGCACUGAUUCUCGGGGUUUGGGCUAUGGCAUUAAUAUUGAUACAUGCCCUAUUGACAUGAUUAUAGUGAAUGGAUAGGUUAUCUUGGUACCACAGCAUUAACUCGUCGGUAUGUGUUAACAACAGCGAAAUAUACCUACCUAGGUAGAUAUUCUGCCGAUACAAACUGAAGUUUGCUGCCAUAUGAAUUAGUCAGGACUACGUGAAUAGGUAUGGAUAGGUAUAUAAUCGAAG